AUGUCUCCCAAGAUCCUGAAAGUUGGCGUAGUUGGCGGUGGUGACGUUGCACAAAUCGUUCACCUUCCAACCUUUAUGUUUCUGUCUGAUCUCUUCAAGGUCGUCACCAUUUGCGACAUUUCACGCAAGACGGCCGAUCAUUGUCGUGCCAAAUUCAACAUCCCCCACGCAACCACAAACCCAGACGACAUCUUCAAUGACCCGGCCAUUGAUGUCGUCGUCAUCCUAACAUCUGACGAGUACCACGCCCCGUAUACCAUUGCUGCACUGGAGGCCGGGAAAAACGUCUUGCUCGAGAAACCCAUGACGCUCAGUCUGCAAGCCGCCGACGAGAUUAUCGACGCCGAGACCAAGGCCCCCAAUAAUGCCCGCGUCUUUUUGGGCUACAUGCGACGUUACGCUCCAAGCCUCCAAGCCUUCAAACGUGAGAUCGCCUCCAUUGAAAAGAUCAAGUACGCUCGCGUUCGCGACAUCAUCGGCCCCAAUGCCUAUUUCAUCGGGCAAUCGGGAGCAUACUCUCAAAAGUACCAUGAUGACAUACCAACCGAGGUGUCGGAGGACAGAAAGGCGCGACUGGCCGUCUUACUAGGCCAAGCCUGGGGACAAGAGCCGGAAUCGCUCACAGCCGCGCAGAUGGACUACUGCUGCCUCCUCGGCAGUCUCGGGAGUCACGGUCUCAGCCUCAUGAGGAACGUGCUAGGUGGCCUCCCGGAAUCGGUUCUCGCUUCGACGGACAACGCGCGCUGGUACACGGCCAUGUUCGAGUACCGAAACGGCACCGCCCUCGACGACAGGUUCACGUGCGUCUACGAGAUGGGCAUUGACUCGGUGCCGAGAUUCGACUCUCAUGUUGCCGUCUACGGGGAGAACAAGACUGUCACGAUUUGCUAUGAUACGCCGUUCGUCAAGGGCCUCGGCAUCACGGUGGAGAUUGACGAGCUGAACGAGCACGGGGAAAAGUCCCACAGGUCUCUCCAAACCUCGUACGAGGAUGCCUACACUGCAGAGUUGAAAGAGUGGUAUGAGACUGUGGUUCACGGCAAAGAAGUCAAGACGUCUGCCAAGGACGCUCGAGAUGAUUUGAUACUGUUCAAGAUGAUGAUGGAUAAGUUCCCCGAGCACAAGAAGAUCAAGAACUUGUCCGAUAGCACGCCUUUCGUACCGAGCGGCCCUUGA